CCCAUCACUUACUAGCACAUGCCUCAAUCAAACCAGGAUAGUAUGAUUACUGAUUACCCUCAGUAAUUGUGGAUCUCGAGGUCACACUGAUACUGGUUUUCUACCGGAGUGUACGGAAAGAGAUGGGAACAGGAGGUCGGCCGGCGCGCGCGCAGGUAGUUCAGCCCCAAGCGGCGCCGCACAUCCGAUCUCUCGCUCGCACCACGUGGUGGGGCGGCUGCGCGGAGGCGCGGGCAUGUUCGAAGCCCUGUGCUACAUUUUUAUUAGUUUGUAACCGUUCUUUGACUCGGCACCACAGCUUUUUCCUUGCGUGCUGUUUAUCAAUAACAUUUAGGUAAAUAAAGUCCAACAGAUGAGUGACGAGACGGCGAAGCUUUUUGAAGCUCAUGAGCGCUUUGGCGUCAUUCCGCUUGGGCAUGGCGAGCCGCAAGCUGAUUAAAGUUGCCGCGAUCAUCGCUUUCUUGUACUGCACCCUGUUGGUGUACCAGGGCGGUGUUUCCAACUUCCAAGAACCUCGAGUGCAAGUGCAAGACCUGACCCAGAUAGUACCCAGUAGUAGUAGUGACUUGAUAGACUCAGUGACUAAAUCUAGUGUUAAUGACAGUGAUACGGCAAAAAAGAUAACAUUGGACGAUUUGUUUAUAAGUGUUAAAACUACAAAAUAUUAUGAAAAUACAAGACUGCCCGUAAUAUUGAAGACAUGGUUUCAAUUGGCAAAAAACCAGACAUGGUUUUUCACCGACAGAGAUAAUCAAGCUCAUCAAAUCCAAACAAAUGGCCACAUGGUGAACACCAAAUGUUCUCCAACUCACUCAAGAAAUGCACUUUGCUGCAAAAUGGCAGUUGAAUACGAUCGCUAUUUAGAAAGUAAUAAAAAAUGGUUCUGCCACUUCGACGACGACAACUACGUGAACGUACCACGCCUAGUCGAAGUCCUUCAAAGGUACGACUACAAAGAGGACUGGUACCUCGGCCGGACCUCGGUCUACAAGCCAGUGCGGAUCUAUCAGAAGUCGAAGAAGAGCAAAAAAAUGAAGUUAAAAUAUUCUUUUUGGUUCGGCACGGGCGGUGCUGGAGUAUGCUUGAGCCGAAGUUUGGCUUUAAAAAUGUUACCUUUUGCGAGUGGUGGGCGGUUCAUCAGUUUUUGUGAUAACGUUAGGUUUCCUGACGACGUAUCCCUUGGAUAUCUUAUAGAAAACAUAAUGCAUAUAAAUCUGACGGUGAUACCCGAGUUUCACUCACAUUUGGAGCAGAUGAAGCUCCUGGACACAGAGACCUUGAAGGAUCAGGUGUCAUUCGGCUACAGCGUAUACAACAACGAGUGGAAUGUAGUCGACGUGCCGGUUUUCGACACGUCCUAUGAUCCUACUAGGUUCCUGUCUCUGCAUUGUUUCCUGUUCCCGCAUUUCAAGUUCUGUCCGAGAUAGCCAACGUGUUACACCUGUGUGGAAAGCUAGUUUAUCUAAUUUAUCUCUGGUUGCCUGAUAUAGUUUUGAAGUAUUUUUUGUUUUCUUUUUGUUUAUGGCUUGAUUUUAACGUA